GCAGACACUGACUUCCGCUUCCGUUCCAAACAUUACAACUUGGCAUAGUGUCUUCAGGAAUGUGUAAACAUAAAACAUUCUUAACAGUAGCGUUGUAGAGAAACGUUUCAUGUUAUUAUAUAUUGUAUACCUAUCUUCAGUGGACAUACACAGUCUUGUGCUUGUCUAAGGCAGAUGAGAAUUCGAAAAAUGACACUCGUCGAGUUGAUCAUAUUUCAUGCAUAAGUGACUCCGGUGCUCAAGAUGAUCAGUAUUGUUCGGUAUUUCUAGAUAUUUUCUUGAAGUCUGUUUAUGAAAUAUCGACGGCGGAGUAAACUACUAAGCAUGAUAGAAUUGUGUACAAAGAAACGAAUGGUUUUUGCAGUUAUUGCACUAAUAUGUCUGUCUAUUGUAACACUCAUCCUGGAAAGUAGAUGGUCCUACCAACGAAAAUUGAAUGACGCACGAUUCCAAGCAAUGGCAAAUGCAAAUGAGACAUGUAAAUCUGGGAAAUACACAGCACUUGAUGUAUGCAAAAGUUGUACAAGAGAUGAACUUAGACGAGAAGUACACUACUGUCUAGAAAAAGGAUACAAGUUGCUCAUACAGUGUGAAAACACGAAAAUAAUGUACACAGGAUGUGGUAUAACACCAGAUGCAGAACAAAGGCAGUUUUGGAUAUUUGAGGGAGUGUGCCUGGUUAUUGGGAUUGUGUCCUACCUCAUUGUGCAUCAGAGACGAAGCAUGCUGGACCAGAUCAUGAUGGACAAAAUAAAUAAACAAAUUGCAGCAGGUAUAUAGGAACCUAGCUUGUGAGGGGAGGUUUUGUAAAUAUUUAUUGGUUUUGUUAUAAAAGUUGUAAAUGUG